AUGAAGUCUUCUAUAUGGAUAUUUAUAAUUUUUUUAUAUUUUAUAAAAUGUACGAAUGGUGAAACCAUUAUUAUUAAAGUUGGAGAACGUGGAUUGUCUUUUUCACCACAAAAUGUAUCAGCAAAACUAAACGAUGUUAUACAAUGGGAAUAUAUAUAUGGUAAACAUCAGAUAGUGCAAUCAGAUGGACCAGGGAAUUGCAUUAAAUCAAAAGCUUUAAAUGCAUUUGAUUCCGGAUUAAAAGAGCAAGGAAUUUUUAGUAUGACCAUAACACAAACAAAAGGAAUGAUGUAUUAUUUUUGUUCAUAUAGCUCACAUUGUGCAUAUGGGAUGUGGGGUGUAAUUAAGAUUGAUCCAAAUAAUCCGGUAAACAAUCCAACAGAAUCAUCAACACCUAACACAGCAACUCCACCUAACAAAACGGACACUAAUGAUCCGGAAGGAAUGAAUCUACCUAUAAUAAUUGGUAUAUCGAUUGGAGGUUUUUUUGCUCUUUCAAUAUUAGGAUUGGUUGGAUUUGUGUUAUACAGAAGAAAAAAAUACCAAAAACAAUUUGACAUUUCAAUGCAACCUUAUGACCCAAAAUUGAUUGCUGGUGAACACGGCGGUACAGACGGCGGAAGUAAUUUAAAUAACAUUAGAGGAAGUGUUGGUAUGGCAUCAGUAUCAAGUUUAGGCAAUAAUUUAUCUAGGUCAAACACGCGAUUUGGGCAUUCAACUAAUGAAGUUAUAGCGUCAAAUAUAUAUAAUCAAAAUCAACCAUAUGAUGAAACAGCAAUGAAUUAUGUGGAGAGAACAAGUAGCGAAUUUGAUGGUGGCAGUAGAUUGUAUGGAGGACCAUUAGUAGGAGAUAAUGAAUCAAACAGUGGUGAAGUACCUAUAUCAUCUUUAUCACCACCUCCAACAUAUGAUCAACAAUAUGGUCAAUAUAGUAAUGAAAUUUCUUAUCAACAAGGACCUCCCAUUCCUCCUCAUCCUUCUUUGAUUCCACAACAACAAUAUGGUGUUCCUUAUUUAGUACCACAACCUACAAAUAUUUAUCCACAAUAUGGACCUCAAUAUAAUAAUACCUCUGAUAUUUAUGGUCCUUCUAAUCCUGGUCAAUAUGCUUAUCAACAACCGCCACCGCAUCAACCUCAACAAUCUGGUCAAUUUACUGUUAAUCCUGCUCAAUAUUAUGGUUCGAGGAUAUUGUACAAGUUUGGAUGGUUAAUCGGGUAUUGGGCUGGAAAUAAACCCAUAAACGGUUCCUUUUUAAAUAUAAAGUUUGAUUCAUAUAAAUCAAGUAUAAUAGCAUGGAGAAUAACGGCAAUUAAUAAAUCGUUAAGAAGUGUUUCUUGGUCAAAAAAUUUAUCAGUAAGAUUAGUUUAUACUGAACCUGAAUAUAGACAUCAAAUAUUAUUUAGUGUACAAUAUGAUUCUAAGCAACAUAGAUCCAAAGUUCUAGAAGGAAACAAUAUCUUGAAUGAUGAUGGUGAAUGUAUAAUUAGGAAAGCAUUAUUUGAAAAACAUAAUGAAAGUGUAUUAUGGAAACAAGAUGACGAUGACGAGUAUGGAGAUGAGCAAAGAGGAUUGAUUUUAGAAGAAGAGGAAAUUAGUAAUGCGGAUGAAGUUGAUACUACGAUAUUUUGCCAUGAAAAUACUAUUGAAAAUCAAGAUUGCUUUUUAUUUGAAGAUGAAAAAUAUUUUAAAUGUUGGACACUGAAUAAAAAUCAAAAAGAGAAGAAAAAAUUUGAUGGAAUUUGGAUUGGUGAUUAUGGAGCACAUGGGAUAGAAUUUAUAUUAUUUAGAGAAGAUGAUAGUGGUUAUCUUUUUGCCACAAAAAUCACUGGUGAUAUUAAUGUUCCUCGUGGUGAAAUUAGUUGGAGGUGUAACUUAAAAGAUCAAGUUAGAAUUUGUGAUGAAUUAGAAUGGAAUGGUAAAGUCUCUUAUCGUGCUAAAACUAAAGUUGCUUAUGAAGGUUUUAGAAAUCCCGAUGAAAUCGAUUCUGAAGUUAUCAUUGUUUCAUAUGAUAAAUUAGUGGUUUAUUGGUAUGAUUUAUCCGAAAUGGCUACUUUUGUUAGAGUUGUUUAA